UCGUGCACACCACCCGUAGCCCGGCAGAGAGACAACCACUCUCAGCGGUCACCUAUCUGACGUCUCGUACACACCUCCUGCACACACACGCACAUACCAUGCCGGGACCACGACGAAACGGUCGCGAUUGCAGCGGCAGCAGUCACGUUUUCAAAGCCGCGCUUCUUGGAGCCAUCGCGCUGGCGGUCCCGGCAACAAGAGCAUCAACAGCAGGAGCCCAUGUGGCAGCAGCCUCCCGCGCAGCCUCACGGCGAGCACCCGCCGCCACGUCUUCCCCGGCGAACAACCGAUGGGUGAGCAAGGCUCUUGCUUCCCGGGGCGGGGCGGACGAACCGGAGGAGGCAGCGGAGGGUAUCCCAGGAGUCCUUUCCGAGGUCGAGGUCGCUCUGUCUUCGUUCAACGACAUCGUUGGGGAGAGCCUCCUUGUGGUGGACAACCCCAAAAAGGGCACUACGAAGGAGGUGUCCGCCAGCGAAACGCUCGACGGCAAGCACGUGGCGUUCUACUUCUCCAGCCAGGCGGUCGAGGACCAGCUCGAGAAGGCCGCACAGGGCCAGGAGACCGUGAGACCAACCCCCGUCGUGAAGGAGGCGUACAAGAAGGCCAAGGAAGCUGGCAAGGAACUUGAGGUGGUGUACGUGCCGGUGGCCGACUCGUUGGAGACGUACGAGAAGGCCAUGAAGGACAUGCCGUGGAAGGGCAUCGUGCACAACAACGCCACCGUGGCGAACCUGAUCCGCAAGGCAGAGAUCCGCGUGCUCCCGGCCGUGAUCGUGGUCGACGACAAGGGUGAGGUCGUAACUCGGGACGGUUACUCGAACAUGGUUUUCUUCCCGGAAGACUUCCCGUGGAAGAACAAGUCUUUGAAGGAGAUGCUGGGACCCAAGUUCCUCAAGGCUGAUGGCUCUGAGGUAACGGCGGAGGCCCUCGAGGGCAAGGUGUUGGCCGUCUACUUCAGCGCCAGUUGGUGCGCACCUUGCAAGCAGUUCACGCCUAUCCUCAAGAGCGUCUACAGCAAGCUUCAGAAGGACGGCAAGCCGUUCGAGAUCGUCUUCGUGUCGAGCGACAAGAGCGAGAAAGAGUUCAGCACUUACAUGGGGGACAUGCCGUGGCUGUCGGUGCCCUUCGACGGGAAGACUCGCGGCACCAUCGCGCAGCUCUUGGGGGUGUCGGCCCUCCCCACCCUGCUCGUGUUCGACGAAGAGCAGCAGCUCAUCACCGCCAACGGGAGGCAGGAAAUCAUCAAGGACACCAAGGCUGAGAACUUCCCGUGGUACCCGAAGGCGCUGGCUGAGCUUGUGGAGUCUCCCGAAGUCAUCACCCAGAAGCCAUCGUUCAUCGUGUUCAUGGAGGGGGGAGACAAGGAUGAGCAGGCACGGAUCCGUGAGCUCGUGGAGCCGAUGGCGGAGGCGAGGGCGAAGAUGGUAGAGGACGGCAAGGCGAGGCCCGCGGGAUUCUUGACGGCCUCGGAGAUCGAGCCGCUCUCCACGGCCUUCCGAAAGCUCGUGGGCCUCGACGAGAUCCAGGGCAAGUACAAGUUCAUGAAGAGCAAGAAGGCGCUGCUCAAGCCGCGCGUGGCGUUGUUGGACCUCAUGCGAAACCAAUUCGCUGUCAGCGAGGAAGGCGAUCUGACGGAAGAGAGCCUGGCGGCCUUCGUGGCCUCGUGGGAUGCGGGAGAACUCCAGACCAAGGAGUUCAACUUGCCCGCCAAGGGAGAAGAGGGCGAUGCGGAAGGCGCGGCCGAGUAGGAGCUUGAUUUUCCUCUUUGGUUGCUGUGUCCCAGACGGGUCGAUUCGACACGCUUGGACGAGAAGCGGAUUCUUUCGCGGCUCUUUUUGUCGGUUCGUUUUGAAGCGCCAACUUUGUGCCGCAGGGCGAACUCCUUGACUUGUUCUGUUUUCGCGCUCGAACAGCGCAGGAGCAACGCUUACUCGCCUCUGUUUCGUUCAUCGUGGCCGUGUGGAAGCUGAACAGCGAGACAAACCAGCAUGCACGGGUGACGCACUAGGGUUGAUGGUCCCCAAGCGUAUGAUUCAUGUAGGCGUGACCCGAGGUCAAGCGCGCGCGAGGGAGUUUUUGGGCGCUUCCCCCCCCCCCCCCCCCCCCCCCCCCCCCCCCCCCCCCCCCCCCCCCCCCCCCCCCCCCCCCCCCCCCCNUGUUGUUGUGGAUGUGGGUUUGUGGUGGGUGUCUGAUGCUCGGGUUGGUGAUGAAUGAAAGUCUUGAGUUGUAGUUCGUUCGAGCCGAUCAAAGUGGCAACGGCCAGUAGGCUUGUCUUUCGUGUGCUUUAGUGUUUCAGUUUUGUCAAGAGGAAGGAACGGAGAAAUGGAUCACUGCCGUAUAGGGGGGGGGGGGGGG